UCUCAAUUUUUGUGUAGACGAAAAACCCUAGAACCUCACUAAUAUUUAGCCUCCGUCGCCCAAAACCACUGUCACACUUCUCACUCUUGAGAUCUGAAGCCUCUCUGGUGCAGCUAUGUCGAAACGAGGGCGUGGAGGGUCCGCCGGAAACAAGUUCCGGAUGUCGCUGGGUCUGCCGGUGGCCGCCACCGUGAACUGCGCCGACAACACCGGUGCCAAGAACCUUUACAUCAUCUCCGUGAAGGGAAUCAAGGGUCGCCUCAAUCGCCUUCCUUCUGCUUGUGUUGGUGACAUGGUGAUGGCUACUGUCAAGAAGGGCAAGCCUGACCUCCGAAAGAAGGUCUUGCCGGCCGUCAUUGUCCGCCAGCGCAAGCCGUGGCGCCGAAAGGACGGGGUUUUCAUGUACUUUGAAGAUAAUGCUGGUGUCAUUGUCAAUCCGAAGGGAGAAAUGAAAGGGUCUGCAAUCACCGGACCUAUCGGAAAGGAAUGCGCCGAUCUGUGGCCAAGAAUUGCAAGUGCUGCCAAUGCCAUCGUUUAAGUUCUUCACUUUUCUGUCUUUAGGAUGUUUUUGCUGGUUUUCUGGAUGUUAAAUUCAUUAUCAUGUAGACUCUGUUAUGAUUAUGAAAUGGAUCCUCUUUCGUUUAAA